AUGAAGGAAAAACCGAACUCGACCAGGACAUAUGACGGAGAGGGUUUUCGACGCCGCGCGGCAUGUCUCUGCGUUCGAGAUGCGGGUGAAACAGAGAUUCUUUUGGUAUCUUCCUCGUCGUCGCCGGAUCGAUUCAUCGUGCCGGGUGGAGGUCUGGAACCAGAAGAGGAUGCGCCAGCUGCUGCCACUCGUGAAGUUAUGGAGGAGGCAGGCGUCAGAGGCACAUUGGGGAGAUAUCUCGGCGUUUUCGAGGUAUGUCCGGAUCGACGAAAAAUUUACAUUGUAGUCGCACCAUUUCCCGAAUCGCUAAUGUUCCGUGAGCACUCUCUCGUGAGAUACCGAUUCGGAGGUUCCUGCUCAAAAUAUCUCCUUGAAUUUGCGCAGAAUUUGGAGAGGCGCCAUCGGACACAAGUUUUCGUCUUGCGGGUCGAGGAACUCCUGGAUGAAUGGGACGACUCGAAGAGUAUCGGUCGCAAGCGUAAAUGGUUCACAGUUUCCGAAGCUCUGGAAGAACUCACCGUCUCGAAACCUAUUCAGUGUAACUAUGUGGAACUAUUGCAGAAGAGAGACAAUGAGAAAGGAGACGACGAUUCCGGAGGCGAAGGGAACGCCGCAGUCGAGUGAAAUUAGCUUCGUGUCCGAGGUCAAUUUAUGUGUAUAUUGAGGAUCUCGCGCGCCUCUUAUUCUGCCGUCGACGACGAACGCCAUGCUGACAAAACAACGUAAUUGAAAAUUCUUGUUGGCGUGUGGGUCUUUUCCGUGGAAGGGCCACGCAAAGCUCGGGAGGGGGAGUGCUCAUUGUGGGCUCGGACACGAUCGGGUAGCAGCUUUUCGUUCCUCGAACACCUUGAAAAACUUUUUGUUUGUUGACUCCGGAUCGCAUCCGUUAUUAUGCGAGUCACAAAUGGUUGUUGUCGGUUCCUCGAUAUCCAAGAGAUCUUACCCCCUGUGU